CACCCACAAAAUCAAAACUUGAUUAAAUCUAUAAACAUCAAAACACGGUUAGGUGAAAUUUAAUCAUUGAGUUGGGAACAAUUACUUUCGUUUAAUGAUAUAAUGACCUCGAUCGAUAGUAGUAUUAAUGCUAUAGAUAAGGUGCUCGAAGGACUUAAUGCCAACCAAAGAAAAGCAGUAACUGCACCUUCCAAUGCUAGGUUGCAAAUCAUAGCUGGACCAGGUACGGGUAAAACUAAGGUCUUAACAUCAAGAGUUGCUUACCUUUUGUUAAAUGAACACAUAAAUCCUCAACAUAUAAUCGUCACUACGUUCACCAAGAAAGCAGCUUUAGAAAUGAUGGAACGGUUGGAGAAAAAUCUUGUUGGACAAUCGGUAGAUUUAUCAAAGUUAUUAAUUGGAACUUUUCAUAGUAUUUGUUACAGAAUAAUUAAAAUCUAUGGGAAGAAAAUAGGCAUUGAGGAUUAUCAUAUCGCAGACGAAAGAGAUUCUAAUCAAAUAUUAAAAGAAGUGAUGGAAAACUUAAGUGAUAAUGAUCGAGACUUGUUAGCUGGAGUGCCAGAAGAUGAAAAGCUCCCUCUUCAAAAUCCAAGAGGAGGAGCUGAUCAGAAAUUCGAUAUAAAGAAAGUAAAAAGGCAAAUUUCUAAGCUUAAAUCGUCUGGAGUUUCUUAUGAUAAUUAUGCGUCCAUGAAUGAUUCCAAUAGGGUGGUAUCCUUAUUUUAUAGACUUUAUCAAACCAAAUUAGAAGAGAAUUCAUUACUUGAUUUUGACGAUUGUUUAUUCAAGUGUUUAGACUUGAUUACUUCCCAUCCCGUUUUAAAUUUCGUUCAACAUGUAUUAGUCGAUGAAUUCCAAGAUUCUAAUGAAAUACAAUUACAAUUGAUGUAUAACUUUGCUAGAGGACAUCCCACCAUUCCCAAACUUCAAAAUAAUGUUACCAUAGUUGGAGAUCCUGAUCAGAGUAUUUAUGGGUUCAGAGAUGCUCAAGCAAUCAACUUUGAAAAGAUGAAUUCAUAUUAUAAGCAGAAAUAUGGUAAGCUGUGUGAAAUAAUCCAUUUAGUGGAAAAUUAUCGAUCUACGUCUGAUAUUUUAAGUCUAUCAGAAACUGUUAUGAGACAACAGCAAACUAGAACUCAAAAGAGUUUAAAAUCACAACAUACUACAACUUUUAAGCCAGUCUAUAAGAAUUUAAAUUCACUGGAAGAAGAAGCUCUAUGGAUCAGUUAUCAUAUACAGCACUUAUUGGCCUUACCUGAUUCCCCUUUGAAAUAUUCCGAUUUCUCAAUUCUCGUUAGGGCAGCAUAUCAAACCAGAGUCAUUGAGAAUGAAUUAGUGAAGAAACGAAUACCCUAUCACAUGAUUAGAGGUAGGGCUUUCUGGGAAAGAUCAGAAGUAAUUGCUAUUCUCGAUUAUUUACGGGUUAUAGCUCAUGAUAAUGAUAGAAUUGCAUUUAUAAGAUCAUUGAAUUUUCCUAAGCGAGGAUUUGGACCUAAGACUUUAGAGUCACUUCUGCAGGUUUCAGCAAAGGAAGCUGCAACUAGUGGUAUAAGUAUCUAUGAAACGUUGAAAGGAGUUUUAUCUGGAGAAAUUAGUGGUGUGAAGUUGAAUUCUAAGAACAAAAGUAGUUUGAAAGACUAUUUGGGCUUUUUGGAACAAUCAAGAGAAAUGCUUGCAAAUUUAGAUACUUAUUUAAAUGGUGAAGUGAUUGAAUAUGAGAAAAAGUCAGACUUGCUAGCAAAGUUCUUUAAAUUUGUAUUUGAAAAAUCAGGUCUUGCAAAAGAGUAUGUCGAUGAAGAUAAUCAAACUCUUAAUGUGAUGGAAGUUGAAAAGCAAUUUCGUGAAUUCACUCCUCAAGAAGUAGAUCUUCCAUUAUUCAUUGGUGGAACAGAAGAUGAUAUCGCUGAGACAAAACCAAACUUCUUAUCUAGCUUUAUCCAAUCAAUUGGCUUAUAUGAAGCUGACGCGGCCGCAUCUGAAACGGAUAAGUCCAAAGGAAAAGUUUCAGUCUCCACUAUCCAUGGAUCUAAGGGUUUAGAAUGGAAUGUGGUAUUCGUGCCUGGAUUGUCUGAAGGUUUAUUACCUGCCGGUUUUGCAAUUGCACAAGGUGGAGAAGAACUUGUGGAUGAAGAGAGAAGAUGUUUUUAUGUGGCUACUACAAGAGCAAAAUCUCUUUUAUAUUUAUCAUCAUAUACUACUUCAGCAGGAAAUUUUUACGGAAGAUCAAUUGAUAAAGUUUCACGUUUUAUAGAGAAAUUGAAUAAUCACCAAUUACUUGGAACAGUUCAAGAAGCGUUUAAAGAUUGGAAUUCAUUAAUGAAAUUAUAUCAAAUCUUAGAUAAGAAUCCAAUACCUGUCCCAGAUAAAAAGCAGUUUUGUAUUGAUACAUUCAAUAGUUUAUUGAAAUCAAGAAUCGAUAUCUACAUGCAGGGGAUUCCGCUUUCGAUUAAACAAGGUGAUUUUGUGGCUGGUGCCAAUAUAAAUACCUAUUCUAAUACUAAUAUGAUGCUGUCUGGUAUGGGAUUUUCAAGUGCUAAGCUUGAUAUGAAUAUUCCUAAGCGAUCAGUUGGACUUUGGAAGCGACAAGUUAAACCCAAGCAUUCCCCUAACACUACUACCACUAGCAAUAAUUUACAAUUCAAACCACCCAUGAUGAAUAAAGCACCUGUUUGUAAUAGACAAUUUGCGCCGCCUACUGUCCAAGGCGUUAAUAUGAAUAUUAAAAAGUCGAUCAAUAAUAAAGCACCACCAUACAUUCCUGAUAGACGAAAGAAAUGAUCAUAGUUGUUCGAUCUAUGUAUAGAUUUAAUUUCAUCAUUAAUUUAUAU